CAUCAACCGGAUCCAGAUUAGAAUCACAAAAAGACAUGGACGGAUUUGAAUCGCGAUUCGACAUUCGGUUUUGAAUCUCUUUUUUCCUUGGACACUUGGAGCAUGUUGACAUUCUCAGAUGGAUGCUGUAGAUGGACAUUUGCUUGCAAAACUGUUAGAGAAGGAACAUCCUGCACUCGUUUGCAUCCAGAGGGGGUGCAAACACCACGGCUUGAAGGGUUGCAUCAAGUGUUCGCAGUUGGGCUCGGUUUGUACUGGCUGGAGCUAACAUGUUGGGAUCGUUAAGUCAGGCUCCCAUCCCGCAGUUUUUUUGCUCGCAGCUUGGACUGCUUUCACGCGUGCCACCUGCCCCGCUUGCCCCUCCCCGCUCCGCGUUGGAAAUGCUGGACUCGGGUCUUCUCAGUGUGGCCGCGGCGCGAAAGCCAGAGGACGUCUUCCAGCAAGAUUCCGUUCCACCCGAGCCCGAAGUGAAAGGCGCUGCCGAAGACAGCGAAGACGACCAGGACUUCAAGAAUCUCAAGACACCUCGACGUUCUUUCUAUACCUGGGUCUCACACUUGCCUUCGGGCGUGCCGAAGCCGCCCAGCUUCCGCAUGCACGCGCAACAUGUGAUGUGCUUCAAAGAGUUCCUGGAGGACGUGGAGGAGUGUCCAGGCAUGCUAGAGGUCUUAGUAGCCCGAGCUCGCCAAAGACUUCAGCACUAGCUGCUAGGUAGGCAUGUUUUGCAUUGUUUGAAGGAUGCAGAUCCGCUGGUUGUCCAUAAUGUUCAACCCUUUUGUGGUGUCUCCAUCGCCUAUGUCGAUGGCAAUAAUUUUAAGAUGGGUUGGGUCAACCUGAGUCAAUCAGCAUGUUUGCUCCAUCUAGUCUGCCCGCAAACGCUUGGAUUUGGACCCACACCCAGAAGUCGCCACUAGCUUUAGAUUCCUGCAAUUAUCAAGCCCUGUUGGCCUACCCUGGGACUCCCAUGUAUUUCCAGUAGCUGAGGGCCAUGCGCCAGAGGCAUGGGCGCCAGAGGCGCGCAAAAAGAUUCCCAUCACAAGGCAUUUCAGAUUUCACCAUUCCUCAUUGCAGGGACAUCUCAAAGGAAAGUACGG